AUGCACAGUUUGAAAAGAUGUGUUUUUUGGCUUGCAAGUGCCAUCCCGCUACAGUUUGCCUGCACUACUAGAUGCUUGGUGCUUAGAAAUGACUUGACAACCAAGUUGCAGUUCUACACCUAUCAAACCUUGCCACAGAAAUGCGUCAGAUUGCCAUCAUCGACGAAGAGCUUCUCUAGAGAUAAAAACUACACCUUUUGGCCCAAGCAGCAAAUGCACAUCUCGAUAACGACUCACAUCUUCUUAUCAACCGGGAACAGGGAUGGCAACCACAAUCACUAUACAAACCCGCGGAAAAGAACCACCUACCUGCAAUGCCCAAGGCGCACUUUGAAGAUAAAAUUUCAGAUUAAAAUAAAAAUGAAAAGAUCCAACGAAGAGCGGGAUGGCAGGAUAUUUGUACGGUUCUUAGCUGUAGACAUCUGGGUUAGCUUGGUCUUGUUUACCAAUGUCACAGACAGAGUCGUUUCUUUAUAUGGAAAACUGAUAAAAGGCAGGCUUGGUACAGGACGUUCUUUGCUGCGAUACACCGACGUAUGUAUGUGCGAUAUAAAACAAUUAGACAUUGACACAAACAACCGAGAAGAGUUGGCACCGAACAGGAUGGCUUGGAGAGCGGAUAUCAGAAGGGAUCAUUAA